UCCUCCAUUGCACCGUUGUGGGAUGGGGGGGUGACACGAGAAAGAGCCAGUCAGCGGUCCAGCUGCCGGAUGGUUCACUCUGCUCUGCUGGAGCAACCGUCCCGCCCAGAGAGGCUCACGUCCCAACUCCCUCCUCACUCUCUUCUAUCUACUACAGCUAGAGAGAACACAGGAAGACAGAAGAAGAACAGCAACUCUCUAACUGUAUGAUAAGAAUAUAAAACAUUGACACUUUUAAGAUUUGUCUGGAUCUACGAGGGAUGUUUCACUCUCUUUGUCUCCUUUGAAGAACCCAAACCUGUCAUUCACUCAUCCUUUCCAACCAAUGGAGAGCCUUCUUAGCAACAUCAGCUCCACCUCCACCACUGGGCCCCUCUUGCCCCCUGACCCCACUAACUGCAGCGCCUGGGACCAGCGGUGGGGGGCGCCUUACCUGCAUAGGUUAGCCCACCUGGAUGUGCAGCUGUACCACGACUUCUACGCUGUGUGGGUUUCUCUCAUGGUGUGUAACUGUGUGAUGCUGGUGGUCGGUGUGGUCCUCAACAGUCUGGCUCUCUGUGUGUUCUGCGGGGCCUCCACCCAGUCCUCCGCCUCUGUGGUUUACACUAUAAACCUGGCUGUGGCGGAUCUGCUGGUGGCGCUGUCGCUGCCCGCUCGCAUCGCUCUGUACCACAGUGGAGGGAGCUGCGUGGCCUGCUCCUACGUCCACACCUUCAGCUACUUUGUCAACAUGUACUGUAGCAUCCUGUUUCUGACCAGUAUCUGCAUAGACCGAUACUUCGCAGUGGUCCAUGCGUCCAUUACCCUCCCUCGAUGCAGGAGCCCGGCAACAGCCAGGUGUGUCAGCGCCACAGUCUGGUUCAUCGCAGUAGUGGUCACCUACUCGUUCCAGAGCUCAGCGUUGGAGCUCAGCUCCUCCUGCGUGCUCCUCCCGGCCCUCUUCUACCUCACCAUCCUGGAGUUCCUGCUUCCCCUGUUGGCCGUGGUGGGCUUCACCCUGCGGGCCGCCUGCUUCCUCUCCUCCAGCCACGGCCGGAUGCCCCAGCAGAGCAGGAGGAGGAGGGCACGCGCCGUCAGACUGCUGGCCACCGUCCUGGUGGUGUUCACCAUCUGCUUCACGCCGUUCCACGUCCGGCAGGUGCUGGUGUACUUCCGGGUCAACGUCAGAGGGGAGGGGCUAGGACAGGAGGCGGGGCACAUACUGGCCUACCACGUCACAGUCACCCUGAGCAGCCUGAACAGCUGCCUGGAUCCAGUGGUUUACUGCUUUGUGACGGACAGCUUCAAGAAAGAGUGGAGGAAGAGGAGGGGAGCGAGGGAGGGGGACGGGGAGGUGGGGCACACAAGUGGAGGAGAAGGGAAUCCGGUGAAUAAAUGCCCGGGUACGGCCCUGGCGAUCGCUCACGGCGUGGCCACACUCACCCUCACAAGCUCAAGCUCUCCCCUCUCUGCUGCCAACAUGGCACAAUUCCACUUAAAGACAGGUGACCCCCUCCACACCUGUGAGUGUAACAGUCCAGAGACAGAGACUCCCCCAGAGUGA